AGCAGCUGUUUCCAGACUGGAGCGGCGGCGGCCUGGCUGGAAGUUCAGUCUCGUUGCGACCGUCGGCGAGGUCGUGUCGUAGCCUGCCGUUUUUGCGGCCGCGCUUUGCCUUCCCGCCACGUGCGCUUCUUCCUCUCGUCUCCCCGACGCUCUCUCCUCUCGGCGUCCACAGACACGUCUCGAAACCGGCUUCUCUGGUCGCCACUCUCCAUCCACGGCGGACCACGCGACGCGCACGUCGCCCAGGGAACGCAGAGACGCUUCUCCGAAGGAAGAGAGGGACCGAGGAGGAUUCUGCUUCAUCGAGACUCCACAACAGACCGCCAUGAUAUGACACUCGUUUGAGGCGAAGAGCGUGUGCAAUCGACGACCAACCACCAUGAGGAAGUUACUGCAGUUUUUGAUGGUGCUAUUGCUGGGUGUCAAUGCCAGACGAACGGACGCGGACGCCCCUGUGGACGACAUUUACGGCGGUCAGCGUCGCGGCGCCCUUCACAGGUCUAAUUUCAACAACGGGAACAACAAUUACAAUUCUCAAUCCAACUCACCCUAUCUGCCGUACCAGCAGCCCAGAGAGAGGAAACCGAACAUAGUCCUGAUUCUGACGGACGACCAGGAUGUCGAACUCGGUUCGCUGAACUUCAUGCCACGGACCCUAAGGCGAAUAAGGGACGAGGGAGCCGAGCUGAGACACGCAUACGUGACCACUCCUAUGUGUUGUCCGAGCAGGAGCUCCUUGCUGACCGGCCGUUACGUUCACAAUCACGAGGUCUUUACGAACAACGACAACUGCAGCAGCCCCCAGUGGCAACGAGAUCACGAGCCUCACUCCUUCGCCGCUUACCUGAGCAACGCAGGAUAUCGUACCGGGUACUUCGGCAAGUAUCUGAACAAGUACAACGGCUCGUACAUACCGCCCGGAUGGCGGGAAUGGGGCGGUCUCAUAAUGAAUUCACGGUACUACAACUACAGCGUGAACAUGAACGGGAAGAAGAUAAAGCACGGCUUCGAGUACAGCAAGGACUAUUACCCGGACCUGAUAGCGAACGACAGCGUGGCUUUUCUCCGGCAGAGCAAACACAAUUUCGCCCGGAAGCCGGUGAUGUUGGUCGCGAGCUUCCCGGCGCCGCACGGACCGGAGGACUCGGCCCCGCAGUUCUCGCACCUCUUCUUCAACGUCACAACCCACCACACCCCGGCUUACGACUACGCGCCGAAUCCAGACAAGCAAUGGAUCCUACAGGUGACGCAGAAGAUGCAACCGAUUCACAAACAAUUCACGGAUCUCCUGAUGACCAAGAGGCUACAGACGCUGCAGAGCGUGGACGACGCGGUGGACCGGAUUUACCAAGAACUGAAAGAACUGGGGGAGCUGGACAACACGUACAUCAUCUACACGUCCGAUCACGGUUACCAUCUGGGACAAUUUGGCCUGAUCAAAGGGAAGAGUUUCCCGUUCGAGUUCGAUGUCAGGGUGCCAUUUUUGAUCAGAGGACCCGGGAUCGAGCCAGGCACCAUAGUAGACGACAUAGUUUUGAACAUCGACUUGGCGCCGACGUUCCUGGACAUAGCCGGCGUCGAGACGCCGCCGCAGAUGGACGGUCGUUCUUUCAAGAAACUUUUUCAGAAUAAACACGGGCGAAGAUCAAAGUUUAAGUGGCCGGAUACGUUUCUGAUCGAGUCUUCCGGACGCCGGGAAACCCCGGAAUCGAUCGCGGAAUCGAAGGCACGAGAAGCGAGGAAGCAGAACCGGACGUUGACCAAGCAGCAGUCAAACGUGCCACCGGAAGAGGAGGAGGACAACGUGGCUGAUCCAGAGACGGAGCACGAGCUGGAGCACCGAUUCUUGGAGAACGACACUGGCAGCGACCAGGACAUCUCCGAGGACGAGGAUUUCGAAGAUUCGAUCAUCGACGACUCGAACUCUGAUCCACAUCUGGAUAACAGGGUUCAUCCUGUUCAUUCGUCCUUUUCGACCAAGCACGAGCGCUUGGCCUUCGAGUGCUCGCGGCCGGAAGUGCAGAUGAACUGCAUUCCGGGACAAAAAUGGCGCUGCGAGAGGGACGGUCAUCGAUGGAGGAGGCAUAAAUGCAAAUACGUGGCACCUCCGCCGAGGAUAUCGAAGAAAUGUGCCUGUUUCACGCCGAACGGCGUUGUUUAUACCAGGCUGGAGUCGAAUGAUUACGAUGGACAUCGAUAUAGCUUCGGCAGGGACAGAAGGACGGCAGACGUAGCCAGAUAUUUUGCUAGACGAGGCAAACGAGACGUGUCAGACGCGGCGGCCAGCGAAGAUGCUAUUCGAGAUAUCGACAGGGACGAUGAUGAGUAUAAUGACGGUGACCGGGACCGGCGUGCCAUCGACGAGGAGGACGAUGAGGACUUCUUCCAGGAACUGAAUAGCCUCGCCGAAGACGUGAGGAGGGACUACGUAAACUUGAUCCUUAGGGAUAGGUUUGAUAACCGAACGACACGGGACGAUGCACUCCAGUUCGACAAUUUAAAUGAAUCGGAGUACUCGGUGGAAGACUUUGAUCCCAACUUGGAUAAGGUGGUGAAAGGUCGACUGAAUGUCCAGGACGUGGUGAGGAGGCACAGAAGGAUACGAAGAAGCGUCACGAAGAAAGACACCGUGGAACACGUGACAAAGAUCAUGGAGAGCAUCGAGGAGGAACUGGACGACUUGAAGGCGACUCAAGCACGCCAGUCGGAACCGAGAAGGACGUUCCCGCCGAAAUGUUCGGUUCUUCCACAAGGAGGGGUAAAUUGCUCCGAAACGGUGUAUCAGGAUCCAAAAGAAUGGAGAAUUUCGAGGCGAGAAAUUGUACAACAGAUCAAGGAAAUGAGAAUGCAAUUGGAAACUUUAAAAGAUAUUCGCCGUCACUUGAUGACCAAGCGACCUCACGUCAUGCGUGAUCCGGAGGAUGGAUCCAAGAGUACGGAGGAACCUCACAAACCGCAUCACCACCCUCCGAAGAACCAUGUGAAUCGACAUCACAAGAAACACGAUCACACCAGUACGGUUAAUCCUACCGUAACGACUACCGUUCGUUCUACCAUGAAACAUAACCAAGUCACGGAGGAUGCGACUGCAUUUACGGAUACCACAGUGAAACCUAAGUUUAUCGUUACGGUCGCGGGUAAUACCGAUAUCGAUACGAUCACCACGACUGAACCCACUUCGACCACGUUGUCGACGACUUCCAAACCAAAGAAGAUCCCUCGUCGUCAGAAGGGACCCGUUAAUAACAGAACGGAGGUCGAGGAUGACAAGCCACCGAAGCGCAGGAAAAUUCAACAUCAUCGACGAAACAGUACUAUUUUGACGAACAGUGUACACGACGAGAUUGCGCUGGUAAACGUGAGCGAGACGAUCGAGACAACCGUAACUACGCAGAGCACUGCAAAUCAGAGGCAUCAAUAUCACCCAACCAAGUAUACGACUAUUGCAACUACGACAAUGAGGGAAACUACGAUUCAGAGGGAAACUCCUAGUACCGUCACGAACGACAUUACCAAAGAAACUACAAUGGGGACAGGCUUGCAAACGAUACUGUCAACGGGGUCAGAAACGUCUAGUCUAGGAGAGACAACAGUGGCACAAAGGACGACUCCUCUGUUCACCAGGACGAAUGAAGCUCGUUUCAGGACAACGUUCCCGACUACCACCACUGUGCCAACGACACCUGUAACUACACCGGUAAUCAUCCCACCAACUAGAAAGUUUCCAAAGAUCCAGAAGAACAGAACAACCAACCUGGGACCUUCUAGGAUCGACGUGACCAUCCUGGAGUCCCCGGACAGAAGGAACAGGCAAGAUAUAAUAGACAUAGCGAAUAACAACCGUCGGCUACCACCGAUACUAAACAGUUCUCUGGAAGCUCGCCAUAAAUGCUACUGCGAGCCUGACUUUUACACGAAAAAGGACGAAAAGGAGAUCGCGCGGGAGGAAAGAAGAAGGCUGAAGGAAGAACGUUUGAAGAAGAAGGAAAGGAAGCUGAGAAAGAAAGCCAAGCUCGAAAAGGAGUGUUUAACGGAGAAGAUGAACUGCUUCGAGCACGACAACGACCACUGGCGCACCGCUCCGUUAUGGAGCGCAGGUCCAUUCUGUUUUUGCAUGAAUGCCAACAAUAAUACGUAUUCCUGCAUUCGUACCAUUAACGCGACACACAAUUUCCUUUACUGCGAGUUUACUACCGGUUUGAUCACUUAUUACAAUCUGAGGAUCGAUCCCUUCGAACAGUGGAAUAGGCUUUCAACCUUGACGAUUCCGGAACGUUCCUAUCUUCAUGAUCAAUUGGAACAUUUGAAGGGUUGCAAAGGGACAAGGGAUUGCACGGUUGGGGGUGCAAAGGAGGCGUUGCCUCAACCGCAACAGCAUCAAAGGUUCAUCUCAAAGAGGAAAUACGCUAAUUCCUUCGAGGAUAUGUUCGUACCGUCGACGUUACAAAUUAUUCGCGAAAGCGAGCUCAGUAGUCCGCCGAAUAAGAGGCGAAAAAAGUUACAAAACAGUGUUUGGAACAGACGAAGCAGAAGCUGGCAGAGUAGUUGGAGACAUCACCAGGACGCGGUGAAUUAUCGUCGACAUCGACAUCAGUACUGAUAAUUAUGGUUCGUUUCUCUUUGAACAAAUCAUCGAAGGAUGCGUGAAAGUACUGCCUUAGAUGUAUAUUAAUUUCGCGAUGCAUUUAAUAACGUAAUUUAUUUAGUGAUAUUUAAUUGAGAACGAUUACGUGAUAUUUAAUUGAAAACGUUCAGAUUCCAUUAAUUAGACUCGCGCUGCUCGAACGAGUACACCGUGUAUAUUUUUAAUGCUAUACUUUUCACGGCGAAAAUUAUUGCGACUGAUUGGACGCGUAUCGCGUAUAAUAUACCGUUUUCACGCGUGAUUAACAAUCGGGAACGAUCUAAACGAUCCUUUUUUUUUUUUUUUCUACUUAA